AUGAAGGCACCUUCACAACAAGACAUGACUUACCACGAUCAAGUCAAGAAACGGCAAGAGGAAAAAGGCUGUUUAUACGCAACACUUUUCGCGUUGUUCUGUUGUUGUUGCUGCGACGAGAAUUGCAAGUGCUGUUGUUGUUGCGUCUGA